AUGGAACCAAUUUUAAUUCCUUCACAACAUAAUAGAUUAGUUAUUCCAAGUGAACCAAAUGAAGAAGAAUUUAAUUAUAUAGCAGAUGGAUAUAAAGGUAAAUUAAAUAUUGAUUCCUAUGAUAUUAUUUCAACCAUUGGUAGUGGAUCAUAUGGUGAAGUUUGUAUAGUAAGAGAAAAAUCCACAAAACAAGUUUAUGCAAUGAAAAAAAUAUAUUAUACAGAAGUUAGUGAUACAGAAUUAGUUAAAAAAAGAGCAUUAAGAGAAAGAGAUGCUAUGGUAAUUUGUAAUAAUAAAAAUAAUAAAAGAGCACCAAAAUUAUAUUGUUCAUUUAUUGAUGAUAAUGAAGGAGUAUUCUAUUAUGUAAUGGAGUUUAUUGCAGGUGGUGAUUUCAAUUCAUAUUGUUAUAAACGUUUAGUUGAUGGUAAAAAAUUUACAGAAGAAGAAAUUAAAUUCUAUAUAGCAGAGUUGGUAUUAUGUUUAGAAGCUUUUCAUUCAUAUGGUUUACUUCAUCGUGAUGUUAAACCAGAGAAUUUAAUGAUAAAUAAAGAUGGUCAUUUGGUUUUAGGUGAUUUUGGUAGUUCGAAAUUAGCAAAUAAUAGUGGUGGUGGUGGUGGUAAUUUUGGUAAUACAUUAACAGUGCCAAUGUCAACAUCAUAUUCAACAUCACCAUCGUCAUCAAUUUCAUCAUCAUUAUUGGGUGGUAGUGGCGGAUUUACACCAUCACAUUGGAAUGGAAUGGCUGGAAGUGCAGGUUCAUCAUUUGGUUCUUCAUCUUUGGGUAGAUCAUUCGAUAAUACACCACCAAAUUUCAAUUCAUUCCUAAGAAAUCCUCAUAGUUCCUAUACUUCCUAUAUUGGUACUCCACAAUAUAUGGCAGUUGAGGUGGUUCAAGGUGUAAAUUAUUCAAAACUUUGUGAUUUUUGGUCAUUGGGUGCUAUCCUUUUCGAAUUGGUAACUGGUCAAGCUUUAUUUGUUGAAUCACCAGAUACAACCGAACAAAAGAUUAGAGAAAACAUUGGUAAUUGGAGAGGUCUUUUAAAUACUGCAGUACAAAAGAAUCAACCAAUGUCAAAACAAGCUGAAUCUUUAAUUAGAGAAUGUAUUGCUCCAGAACGUAAACGUCCUGAUGCUUCAACCAUUAAAAAACAUCCAUUCUUUGAAGGUAUUAAUUGGGAAGAAAUGGCAAAUUUCAAUGUUGAACCACCUUUUAAACCAACUUUAUCAAGUGAUGAUGAUAUUUCUUAUUUUACAAAUUAA